CUCGGCGGUCGCAGGCACUGGAGCAGCCGCCCCGCGAGCACCGCCUCCGCUCUGCGCCGCCGCCGCAGCCCGCCCCCGCCGCGACUUGCCUGCCUAUUGGCUGCAGAUUUCUUAGUAGCAGAGGAAAGAGCCAAUAGGAGGAGCAGAAGGUGACUUCCGGCAUGCAGGUGCACGGCUUCCCAGCUGGCGAGCUAAAGCUGCGUCAGGGAGGGACGGAGAGACCCAAGGCCCCACAGGUUAAAGAAGCUUGACUGGCACUAAAGCAACCCAAUCAAUGUCUCCCUAGCUCUGUAACUGGCACCGCCUCUGGGGGGCGGGGCAGACUGGCGGAGCGGAGUUGAUAAAGGACGUGAACAGGAGACACAGGUGAUUGGCUGAAGGUACUUCCGGUGAGCGCCUCGAAUCUACUUGGGAUUCCCUGGCCGCGACGAUGUCGUUCGUAGCGGGGGUUAUUCGGCGGCUGGACGAGACAGUAGUGAACCGUAUCGCGGCAGGGGAGGUUAUCCAGCGGCCGGCUAAUGCCAUCAAGGAGAUGAUUGAGAACUGUUUAGAUGCAAAAUCCACCAGUAUUCAAGUGGUUGUUAAAGAGGGAGGCCUGAAGUUGAUUCAGAUCCAAGACAAUGGCACUGGGAUCAGGAAGGAAGAUCUGGAUAUUGUGUGUGAGAGGUUCACUACAAGUAAACUGCAGUCCUUUGAGGAUUUAGCUAACAUUUCUACCUAUGGCUUUCGGGGUGAGGCUUUGGCCAGCAUAAGCCAUGUGGCUCAUGUCACUAUUACAACCAAAACGGCUGAUGGGAAGUGUGCAUACAGAGCAAAUUACUCAGAUGGAAAGCUGAAAGCACCCCCUAAACCAUGUGCAGGCAAUCAAGGCACCCAGAUCACGGUGGAGGACCUUUUUUACAAUAUAUCCACGAGGAGGAAAGCUUUAAAAAAUCCAAGUGAAGAGUAUGGGAAAAUUCUGGAUGUUGUUGGCAGGUAUUCAAUACAUAAUUCAGGCAUUAGUUUCUCAGUAAAAAAACAAGGCGAGACAGUAGCGGACGUUAGAACACUGCCCAGUGCCACAACUGUGGACAAUAUUCGCUCCAUCUUUGGAAAUGCUGUUAGCCGAGAAUUGAUAGAAGUUGGGUGUGAGGAUAAAACCCUUGCCUUCAAAAUGAAUGGUUACAUAUCCAAUGCUAACUACUCAGUGAAGAAGUGCAUCUUCUUACUCUUCAUCAACCAUCGUCUGGUAGAGUCGAGUUCCUUAAGAAAAGCCAUUGAAACAGUGUAUGCAGCAUAUUUGCCCAAAAACACACACCCGUUCCUGUACCUCAGCUUAGAAAUCAGCCCCCAGAAUGUGGAUGUCAACGUGCACCCCACGAAGCACGAAGUUCACUUCCUGCACGAAGACAGCAUCCUGGAGCGGGUGCAGCGGCACAUUGAGAGCAGGCUGCUGGGCGCCAACUCCUCCCGCAUGUACUUCACCCAGACUUUACUACCAGGUCUUGCUGGCCCCUCUGGGGAGGUGGUUAAAUCCACAGCGGGUGUGACUCCCACAUCUUCUGGAAGUGGCGACAAGGUUUAUGCCCACCAGAUGGUCCGCACGGAUUCCCGGGAGCAGAAACUGGAUGCCUUUCUGCAGCCUGUGAGCAAGGCUCCAUCUAGUCAGCCACAGGCUGUUGUCCCAGAGAACAGGACAGAUGCUUCUAGUGGCAGCACCAGGCAGCAAGAUGAGGAAAUGCUUGAACUUCCAGGGCCUGCUGAAGUGGCUGCCGAGAAUCAGGGCUUAGAAGGGGGCACAACAAAGAUGACUUCAGAAAUGUCAGAGGGGAAAGGGUCCCCAUCCAGCCCCAGCAACCCCAGAAAGAGACAGCGGGAAGGCCCUGAUGUGGAAAUGGUGGAAGAUGGUUCCCGGAAGGAGGUGACAGCAGCUUGUACCCCCCGGAGAAGGAUCAUUAACCUCACUAGUGUUCUGAGUCUCCAGGAAGAAAUUAAUGGGCGGGCCCAUGAGACUCUCCGGGAAAUGCUGCGUAACCACUCCUUUGUGGGCUGUGUGAAUCCUCAGUGGGCCUUGGCGCAGCAUCAGACCAAGUUAUACCUCCUCAACACCACCAAACUCAGUGAAGAACUGUUCUACCAGAUACUCAUUUAUGAUUUUGCCAAUUUUGGUGUUCUGAGAUUAUCGGAGCCUGCACCACUCUUUGACCUCGCCAUGCUUGCCUUAGACAGUCCUGAGAGUGGCUGGACGGAGGAAGAUGGUCCCAAAGAAGGACUUGCUGAAUAUAUUGUUGAGUUUCUGAAGAAGAAGGCUGAGAUGCUUGCCGACUACUUCUCUUUGGAAAUCGAGGAAGGGAACCUGAUUGGAUUACCCCUGCUGAUUGACAACUACGUGCCCCCUUUGGAGGGUCUGCCUGUCUUCAUUCUUCGGUUAGCCACUGAGGUGAAUUGGGAUGAAGAAAAGGAAUGUUUUGAAAGCCUCAGUAAAGAAUGUGCUAUGUUUUACUCCAUCCGGAAGCAGUAUGUGUGUGAGGAGUCCACCCUCUCAGGCCAGCAGAGUGAGCAGCCUGGCACCACUCCGAACCCCUGGAAGUGGACCGUGGAACAUGUCGUCUAUAAAGCCUUCCGCUCAUACCUUCUGCCUCCUAAACACUUCACGGAGGAUGGUAAUAUUCUGCAGCUUGCCAACUUGCCUGAUCUGUACAAAGUCUUUGAGAGGUGCUAAAUAGUCAUUUAUGGGCUCUGGGCUGUGUUCUUCCUUUGCAUCCUGAUGUUGGUAGGUCUUAAGGUUGGAGACUCAAAUUUGUCUUUUGACUGUUCUAAGUAGCAUUCUUAGUGUGUGGCAGAUUGACUGUAAAUAAAUAGUUGUGUCCUAACAUGA